AUGUGGGACGAGGCCGAGGAGCUGGUCGACGAGCCGCCGCUGCCCGAGCGGGUGGGGCGGAAGGUGCGGCGCGCGAGCCGCGAGAUAGGCGAAGAUGUGAGCAGCGAGGUGGAGAAGCUGGGCGGCCGUCUGCGGGGCUGGAGCCAGGACGUCGGGCGCACGGCCGAGCGGUUCACCGAGGACCUGGGCGACGGCAUCCAGCGCGCGGGCCGGUCGGGCCGUCGCUGGAUCGGCGGCGAUGAUGACCGCGCUGAUGAGGCGGCCCUGUACGACGUCGACGUCGACGAGGGGGCGAAGAGGAAGAUGAUGAAGGAAAAGAUGGAGAAGAAGAAAGAACAGAAGAGUGGCGGAAGUAGAAAGAGAAAUGGGGUUGGAGGAGAAAGAAGAAGGGAGGAAGGGCUGGUCGUGGUUGGGAUGGAGAAGGCGAAGCAAGAGGAGCGUCUUCCCGAGGAUCGCAUCGCCGACGUCAAGUUCAAGAGCGACGUAGAUCUCGUGUGCGUCGACUCGAGCAUCGCUUCCGAUCAGGCCUUCCGCUACGCUCUAAGGAACAUUCCGCGCGGUCAUACCCUGCUGCUGGUUCACGGCAUCUUCGCGCCGCCGGGCGCCAUCGACAGCAAAAUCGAGGACGAGCGGGAGAUGCGCCGCGUGAAGAAUAAGUUCCUCUCCCUCUGCGAGCGCAACGGCAGGCGCUGCGCGUACCGCGAGUUCGAGUUUGCGACCAACAGCGAGCUGGGCGAGAAGGUGUGCGGCAUAGCCGACCGCCUGAACGCCGGCAGCGUCAUUCUCGGGAAGCGCGCCGCUGCUUCCGAGGCCAGAAGGGCGGUCCUGGGCUCGCCGUCGUUGAGUGUGAUGCAGCAGUGCAACGCGCCCGUCACGCUGGUCGCGGAGAGGAAAGAAGGCUCCUUCAACUAA